AUGGACUACCAGAACCGCGCGGGCUCCAAGUUUGGCGGCGGCGGCGUGGCGUCGUUCAGCGCGACCAACGCGGACCGGCGGGAGCGGCUGCGCAAGCUGGCGCUCGAGACGAUCGACCUGGACAAGGACCCGUACUUUUUCCGCAACCACAUCGGCUCGUUCGAGUGCCGGCUGUGCCUGACGGUGCACCAGAACGACGGCUCGUACCUCGCGCACACGCAGGGCAAGAAGCACCAGCAGAACCUCGCGCGGCGCGCGGCGCGCGAGGAGAAGGAGGGAAAAGGCAGGCAGAUCGACCCGAACACGGGCCUGCCCGUGGGCGUCGUGGGCGCCGGGUUCGGCAGCCUGGUCAAGCGGAACGUGGUCAAGAUCGGCCGGCCGGGCUACAAGAUCACGAAAGUGAGGGACCCGCUGAGCCGGCAGCAGGGCCUGCUGUUCCAGCUGCAGUUCCCGGAGAUUGGGCAGGGGGUCACGCCCAAGGUGCGGUUCAUGAGCGCGUUUGAGCAGCGCGUGGACGACCCGCCGGACAAGAACUUCCAGUACAUGCUGGUCGCCGCGGAGCCGUACGAGACGUGCGGGUUCAAGCUGCAGGCGAGGGAGAUUGACCGGUCCGAGGACAAGUACUGGACGUGGUGGGACGCGGAUCUCAAGGAGUUCUGGGUGCAGGUCAUGUUCCUGACUGAGCGCGAGGAGCGGUACGUCGGUGUGCCAGGGUUGCCUGGACGGAGGUGA